UGUGUGUGUGUGUGUGAGAGAGAGGAGUUUGUCUAUCACUCCUGUGUCACAUGGAUUUCCUCCCACAGUCCAAAGACUGCAGUUAGACUAAUUGAUGUCUCUAAAUUGGCCAUACUGCAAGAUUGUAUAUGUACCCUGCAAUGGACUGGCACCCCACCCAAGGUGUACAGCCUGUGCUGUCUGAGAUCCAGGCCCCCAAUGAUAAUGACCAAAAUAAGGAGUUUGUACAUUGUGUAUGAAACAAAGGGUGGUGAAUAUAAAUGGACUGUAGUUAACAAAGUGACACGUCAGCUACAAGAGUGCAAAAUAUAUUGCGCUGUGAGAAAAAUCUAAUAAGUGUUAUUAACUUCCAAUUGGUGAUAGUGAGAAGGAGUGGGCUUAGAAAGUGCUGGGUUUCUAUAUCAACAGUUGAAUAUUCUGUAUGCCCAAAAUGUUUUUUUUCCCACAGUCAGUGGAAAAAUAUGUCAGCCAACUAAUUCAAGCUGAUGUAUAGAAGACAAGAAAAACAAUCAUUUAACCAGAUGUUUGACAACCCUGCUGCAGAGACGCCGAGCUGAAGUGACAGGCAUGACGGCCCCGAACUCUGCACAGCGGCGGGCGUGCUGGGCCGCCAGGGACGACUUGUGGAAAUGUCUUGAGGAGAACAAUGAAAACUCGGCUCCUUGCGAGACACUCCGCAGGACAUUCGAGGACAGCUGUCCAGCUCAGUGGGUGAAGUAUUUUUCUAGAAGAAGAGACUUCAUGAAAUACAAGGAGAAGAUGCAGUAUGAUGGUUUUGAAUCUUCACAGCAGUCCUCAAAAUGAGGAUAGCAUUCAUCAAAUAGAAACCUGAAAUGGCUCAGGUUACAACAUACAAUGUUCAGUCUGUGCAGACUUUUGAAUGAAUGGUGUUCUUUCAGCAAAGGCCAUCUAAUUGCAGUGUUUCUAGCAUCCAAAGUGCAGUGCAUUUGGGGUGCUGUUUUUACCUGAGCUCCUAAUAUCAUGCUCACUGAAAUUAAAUUGGCAUGCAGGUGUCGGGUGAUUUCAUUGUUGAAGGCACUGCAGCACAGCUUGAAACAAGCUGUUCAAGGGGCCAAAUAUCUGGGUUGAGAGAAAAAUGGUGUUAUGGAAUUGCUGAAAAACCCAUAGCUGAAUUAAGUACUUGUCAACUUGAUUUUGUCUCCCCUCCUGAAAUACCUGCCGGUUCGUUACAAGACUGCCCCAGCAGAGAUGUGUAUGCCUUGCUCCCACUUACAGAUUGAUUCAUAAAUCUGUUAAAUUGGUGAAUAAAAAGUGCUCGUUUCACCCAGAAUGCAUCACAAUGAAAUUCUGUGUGCUGAAUAAAACAAAGAAAUUAUUUUA